CAUACUUAAAAUGACGCUACWCCCCUGUUUCUUAUAUAUUUGUUAUACAUGUACAGCUAAGACCUCAACAGGGAAGUCAUAAAAAUUCUGACAAAAAGAAAUCUACCGGCGUCAGCACGUGAUUUAACCUURAAAACAAAUCAACGACUCGCAAAGGAUCUCGGAUCUGUGUUUCUUUUAAAUUUCGGCGAAUUUUCAGCCAACUGAGUCCCKCAGUCAAAAUGGUGGUUGAAAUUUCCAUUUUCAGAUUAUUCUUUUAUAUUCCCAGUUCAAUUGAUCCCAUUUCUCAGUCCCAAUGCCGUCUCCCAUGUUACGACAAUCGCACUGGCUGCUUCCGGGUACAUCAAGUCGAGGCAUAAUUGUACAGCGGUCUUCCCCCAUCAUAGCAAUGUUUUCUUUUUGAGGUAAGCUUCUACUCCAUCAAUCUCGAUGUAGUUUCACUUCUUUGUUGGCCACCAAUCCCAAAAUAAUGUCUUUUAAUGGCAUUAGAAGAAUAUUGAAUAUUAGUCCGGCCAGUGCACUCGCUUAUAUUGUUGGACAAACACCAGAUAACAGGCGAAUCACAUUCCGUUCUUAUGGAGGMAUGGUYGAAAUGGAAGAGAAAUACACGUACAGAAGACCGGAGUUUCUCCAACUUAACGAAGAGUCUGAACAAGCAUCAAGCGACCAUGAGGCUAGACCAAUUCUMAUUCCUCACAGAGAGCUGCCUUUGAAUGCUGGCUAUGCUGAAACAAUCAAUGCUGGCAAGACAUUGCACAAGAAUGAAGACCAGGCAGUUGCUGGAAUGUUUUGUCUCAAUGUUGAUAACAAACAAGAAGAAAAAGCUGAUGGUAGCAAAGCUACAGAAAGUCCAAAUAGUAUAACACAGACCAAGAUACCAUAUGCAUGUUUUGGAGUGUUUGAUGGACAUGCAGGGGAAGGUGCCUCAAUGAUGGCUGUGAAUACCCUACAUAUACAUAUCAUGGAAAAACUGUCAUCUGUCAAAGAGCUUCUUGCUUAYGGAASUGAUGAAAAAUUAGCCAAGUGUGACAAACUCUCUGAAGCUGUUGUUACCAGCAUCACUAUUGAUAGACUGAUUAUUGGUGCAUUAGAGGAAGCAUUCUUUGAAAUGGAUGAACAAAUCAAGAGAGAAAAGCAGACUUACAAGAUUGAAGGAGGCUGCACUGCUAAUGUAGCUUUAUUCAUUGGUAACAAGCUAUAUGUAGCUAAUGCAGGAGAUUCAAGGUCUGUUAUAUCUUUGAAAGGCAAGCUUAUUCCCAUGUCAUUUGAUCACACUCCAGAAUCAGACAGGCAAAGAUUACAGCAUAUUGCAUUCCAAAAGCCCCAGUUGCUUGGAGGUGAAUUUGGCAGGCUUGAAUUUCAGCACAGAGCAAGRAAGAAGUAUAUAGGUCAAAAGCUCUUGUACAGAGAUCGGCACAUGACUGGCUGGUCGAAAAAGGUAGUCACAGAAGAAGAUGCCCAGCGAUUUCCUAUGAUUACUGGAGAAGGCAAAAAGUCGCGUCUUCUAGAUACUAUUGGUACAACUAGAGGGUUUGGUGAUCAUGACCUUAAAGUACCAUAUUGUGGGUUAGCAAUCAAACCCUUUCUCACUCCCCAACCAGAGGUUAAGAUGUACGACUUAACGUCAUGUCAGCACGAUGAAGACGACGUGUUAAUCAUGGCCUCUGAUGGUUUGUGGGAAAGACUUUCAAAUGAAAAGGCAAUCGAAAUUGUUGCAGAUGUUUUCAAGAAAACUCCCAAAACUGACAAACGAAGAUACGUUGUAGCAGCACAGACUCUUAUUGGUGAAGUCAAAGGGACAUUAACAGACAGGGGCUGGAGACGUUCCAAUGGCGAAAUGGCAUCAUAUGAUGACAUUACUGUAUUUGUAAUACCGCUGAACAAACAUGUAUCCGACCGAAUUACAGUGGAGCACAAAUCUUAACUUAGRUUCCGCYGGUUUGCUUGACAAUGGGCGUGUAUCCUUGUUUAGCCAACUAUUUUUAUGUGUCAUAAUUUGAGGGACUGCAUACGCGCUUGAAAACGCUAUAAAAUACAAAAAAAAAAAACACACUCAUUAUCAAUAGCCAUUAAAGCAAGUCCUUCAUAAUAUCAAAAAUCUAAAAAUUUUUCGAAGGCAAAAGGUAGUAAUAUAAUUUAUAAAACGAAAUUAUUAGAGGAAAUUAAUCGCAUUAGCACUGAAUGCUUUUCAGAUAUAUAUACGUUGACAAUCCUCGCUCACCAAACAUUUGCGCAUAAAAAGUCAUCUUAAAAGUUAACUCAAUGCAAAAUCGUCAUAUCCUUUGCAUAUUUUCAGACGUUGUUUGGUUAUUGUAACUUCAGGACUUAUUUUUGUCUUAUUCAAUCGUUUUUAGGUCUAACCAGGGACGUCCCUGGUCUAACMUCUUUAAAGCUGACUGACCGGUUUUGGCAGUAGUUUUUUUAUGCAUCGACCACUGACUUUACAGAAACGUUCGCUGAGCUCCAUAUGAUGAUUUAAAAACUUAUCAUUGUUUUAGAUGCAUUAAAAACAGGUUGCCAGAGAUCGGUCGGUCAUAUCUAGUCUCCUCCCCAGCAACUCUUUUUUCCUCCUUUGGGCUUCCUUUGUAACGAUCAUCUUGGCCCCUCUCUCGCCCCCAUUCUACCUCAUUUGGCUCCCAUUUUAUUCCAUUCUUAGUGRUGCCUGCGGAGGUGACUAGGUCAUUCCUAGAUCUCUGGGAAUUUCUUUUGACGAAAAGCUGUCUUUCGAUAGAGAUAUUGAAACUGGUUUAUUGUAAUUAUAAUAAAACCAUAGUUAMUAACUAUGUUUUAACUCAAUUAGGCGUUUUAAAAAUGUAAUGCAGUUGUGGAGAGAAAUAUAUCGUAUCUUAUACAGAAAGUUAACUAGAAAAAUAAAUUAUUAGUGUAAUAGGUCAGUCGUAAAUUAUGUUCAAGACAUCAAUGAAUUUUACUGCAACGGAAAGCACGACCAUGCGAGGUGACUCUAGCCUUUUCCCUAGAGGCAAGCCGUCAUGUAAACAGCUACGUCCUAAUGCUGCCCUAGACAACUCUAAAUGGUGUCCCGUUUCAAACUCCGAAUCUCACUUACAUGCUCCGAAUUCAGUAUAGGUUCGAUCUAACUUGGUCCGGUAAAAAGGGUUUUUAACCCUAGGAUUAGGGUUAGGGUUAAAAGGCCUGUUUCAGACGUCGAUCUUUUGCCGCGUCUAAUCUAAUUGCUUACAUGCAGUUCUCGAGAAGUUUGCAGUCGACAUCGAUUGAUAUUUACAGAUUAUAUAAGUUUGUCCAACUCAGAACAAAAUCUACUAAUGUCAAUAAAUUCAGAGUACAAAAUGCUCAUAAACUAAAAUCCAUCAAUUAGAUUAUACUCAACAAAAGAUCGACGUCUGAAACGGGCCUAAGACAUCAUCAUCAUCCACACUGAUGCGUUUUCGUACGGUUUUGUAGAAGACACUGCGAAACGCAUCGCUGUGGACGCGCAAGGCAUAAGGAGAGAUGGGCUUGAGAAAUGACAUUAGUUGAUGAUGUACUAACUAAUYCUUUUAUUUUUAAAUAGCAAUAUUGACAUAUUGUACGUCUUGUUUUUGUGUACAUCUUCAGAAUUUGAAGACACUGAAAUUAAAAUAACAUUUAAAGAAUCAGAACCGUCCCGUUAAUCCUGCAGGCCUCUAUCGACUAUUCCAGAAAGUCUAAAUGUAAAUAUAAAAAACGUAAACAUAAAAAAUAGAGAGCGUUGUGGUGUUUGUAAUAAAAAGAAUCCCAAUUGUAUGUA